AUGGCCGUCACUCCCGGCCUUACCAAUGACGACUACUUUCGAGGUGUCCAUAUCCAUCGUAUCGCUCAGAACACGGGCCAGAAGUUUCCCUGGCAGCCCGGCGAUCGCGUCUUCUUCAGCAAGCAUGCUGCACGAUAUCAGAUGACCGAGCGCUCCGACAUUAGCCUUGGCCUUGACGAAGUUGUCCGCGAGCUUGGAAUCAUCGACCAGUCGGAAUACUACAAAAACGCCGUUCUCAACAAGGUCAAGUCAGCGCUGCUAUACCUCGUCACCAUCAAGUUCCGACAAGAGGAAACUCGAGUUUUGAUCGGGCCCAUCGACGGAAUACGAGGGGAAAGAGUUUGGAGGUGGCCCGAAUACACCCGGAGGUGGCUGAGGCCCGACUGGAACGGCCAGAUUUGGCCACUCGAGGGGGAUGACCCAGAGAGGCCCAGGAGGGACUCCCCGAGGAUGAGGGCAAGGACACCAGAUGGCAGAAGGAGAAGCCGGGCUUCCGGGUCUUUCAUGUCGGGUGCCUUGGGUCCUGACCGAUCGAGAAGAGCUCAGGCUAUCAUUGACGACGACGACGACGACGACGACGACGACGACGACGACGACACAACUUGCGUGUACAAUCGUAACCGACACGACUCUUUUUCAAGAGAUGACGACCAAAGUGACGAUGAUGACGAUGAUGGAGCCACCUUCUCCGACGACUCGGAUCGAACCAUUCUACCCUCUCGACGUCGCUCAACAAGACCUGUCAAGAGACGACCGCGCUCGCGAUCUGGCUCAUCAAUCACGGACUUUGUGCAAAAGGAGCUCAAAGCCCAGCAGAAUAGGAUGGACCAAAAGUUCAACUCCAUCAUCGACAUCAUGAAGGAUUUCUGCUCCAGUUCUUCAGCCAUGAACAAAGGCGAUGAUGUCAAGCAGAGGAUUGACGACUUGCCUCCUGUCCCAACCGAGGAUCCGAUGCCCUAUAUGCCAUCACCACCAGCCACGCCUCCAACUACACGCGCGCCGAGUCCGUCUUGCCAUAGCACGCACUGUCCACUCUCGCACUGGAAGACGCCGCCUUCCCCAGCAGAGCUGUGCCGGCUGUUUCCCAACAUACCCCCUCAUAUCGCAAACUACGACCCGUGGGAUGGACGCAACCCCAAAGCCCCAAGGACCGGGCCUCCCGACGAGUCGCAGUUCCAGAUCCCAUCCGAUGCACCACAUACAAGAUCUCGAGAGCUCUUGUCAGAGGCGCUCAAGUAUGCGACAGUCGAGGUGCAGCACAAUUUCCACGCUGCCGUGGCGGGUAUCGCGGGGGACUUGCGGGAACAAUUUGAGCAACAGUGCGGCGCCAAGUUUGCGAGGACAAAGAGGGAUGAGUUUGCCCAGAAGGCGUUGGAGGCUGAGCUGGAUGAAAUGGAGGGUGUGGGUGGGGAAACCCAGGGAAGUGUGCGGGUUCCGGCAAUCCUCAGGAAGCUCAUGGGAUGGUCUCACGAUGGGCCGGUCCAAUGA